UUUGAUCUCUAAAUCAAUUUAACAUCGCUCUUUCUCUCUUCACUGGGAAAACCCUACCAGAGCUUCCACGACCAAUUAUCCACUAUGUUUGGUUUUGAUUCGUGAACUGAAGCUAUGCGCGAAGUUAUUGUUCACUUCUGAGACUGUUCAUAGCCAAAUCGUUCUGUAAAAGCUUCGAUUUAGGUUUUUGUUUCUGGAAUUGGGGUUUGUAGGUUGCUGAUACUCGUGCUACGAACUCCUUGACGGAGUGAGGAAAGGUUGUUCGGUGGAUACCAAGAAGUCCGGACAGUUCGUUGUUCACCUGCGACUGUCUUUCCCAAUCUCCUGCUUUCAUCCGGCUAUGAUGAGGAAGAUGCAGGGGUCUGUGACCAGGUCCCGGUUUGCUAUCCCGGCAGACACAUAUGAGGAGUUCCCAGCUCUAUCUGAUGGAAUCCGUGUGAAGAAGACUGCAAAACUAACUGAUGUUGCAUCUUUAACUCUCCUGCUCUGCUCUACUCCCAUUACCUCAGUCUUCACUAUCCCCACAUAUUCAUCAACUGCAGAAGAUGGCAGCACAAUCAAUGAAAGUAAGUUUUCUUCUCCUUCACGGUUCCAUUUUUUUUUUCUUUUUUCAGCAUCUACUUCUUAUGAACUCGAUACAAGUCAAACAUAUAUAUUUGUAAACUACUUAACUACCAAUAUAGUCGUCUAUCAUGUGUGACUCUCCUCAUUAUUCCAUUUCCUAAUCAUUUAAUUAGACAAUAUUUUCCAUUUUCCUUAUUAUUGUUCCAUUUAUCAGCAUUUUCUUAUUUAAUAUUUUUAUUCAUGUACACUCCAUGUAAUCUAAUAAUCAGUGAAUAGUUUCAUGAAGUGUACUGUAUAAAUAAUAUCUGCCUUGUACAUUUACAGGACAUGAAAAGUCAACUUCAGGCACAGGUCCUGAAGCUGCCAAAUCAGCAAAAACAGAACCGGCUUGAAAACAAAAUUACUUGGCUCAUGAAAAUGAUGCAAAUGCAUGACUUUAUUUUGGUGAGUCAUGACUUUAUUUUUUAGAAUCAUGACUUUAUUUUAUAGAAUCAUGACUUUAUUUUUUAGAAACAUGACUUUUUAAUGUAGUUGGUUCAAACCAUUAUAUACAUCAUGUUUGAUACUUGCAUAAUAGUAUAUGUGAUAUAUUCUAAGUAAUGCGCCUUAUAUGAGUCAGGUGAGCGUUUUUUUGCACCUUGCGCCUCACAACUUUGACUACCUUGCUAGAAACUAUUUAUUGUCAUACUCUUAAUGAAAUAUAGGUCAUUGUAAAUCAGUUUAAUACUUAUAAUGUCCUAAUAUAACUUCCAGUCUUCCACAUGUGCAUUAAGGCUCCACAAGAGUUGAGCAUGUACAUCAAAACUUUAGUGCACCACUGCACCAUUCCAGGACAAAAAAACAGAGAUAGUACAAUACUAAGAAAUUGAAAAUAUGAUAUGAUAUAUUUUCAAACCAUUAUCAUAACAACACUGCAAAAUUAGGAGUUUGAACGAUGAAAGGUUCACCAUCAUCUUCAAUAUCAGACACCUUUGUUCCAUCAUUUUCACUUCCCUCUGGUUGUGCAUUCACAUUAUUGACCACAACUUUGUUUUUUUUCCUGUCCAAUACUCCAAUGUUUCAGGUUCAGAGGCUACAUCUAAUGCGGUUGGAUAACCAUGUGCUUCAGAUAUCACAUGAGAAAGAACAAUGCCCUUAGAUUCUGAUGACUUUGAGUUUUUUUGUCUGAGACGAUCCAUUCCCGCUGUCAACAGCCUGCAUUUUACCAGACUUUUUCUUUUUUGGUUUCUUCUCUAUGGAUUUCUUAACUUCACAUGAUGCAGUACUCUUCGUGUCCUUCAGAGAAGAUGACUCAACAUCCUUCAUUUCAUUAUUUACCACGGAC